AACCCAACCUUCCCUCGUCUCUGGUUCACCAUGACACACACCUCCUCACCUUGUCUCUUCUCCUUCCAAGAUCCACCACGCCACGGUCGCCAUGGGCCUGGACGGCGCGCCGGCCUGCUCCAUCCCCACUCAAAAUCUCGAGCGUCUGUGCGUGGGGAGACGGCGGCCAGAAAGACGCAUGGGGAAACCCUAGCCGUCGUCAUCUCGCUCGUCCAGAUCUGCUUGGGUUGGUGGAGGUAUGGCUAUGGCGCUGCGCACCAUGGCCGCGAAGCUGAAGCAGAAGAUCUCCGCCGCUGUCCAGUGGGUUCGCGUCUCUUCUCAUGCUCCGGCACAUGCUGAUACUAACCUCGACCCCUUUGGCCUAGAGUUUCGCCGGGCACUGGAGAAGAUUGUAGAGAAACACAGGAAGAGGCGGAGGAACGAGGCCUUGGCCUGUGGUGCUGGCUUCAGUCUUGGAGCACUCACCUUUUUGCUUGGGCUGCCGACCUCUUCCUGGGCUUCGCAACCAGCUUCCAGCAGGUCUACGCGCUGGCGCAGUGCGACGUUUACUGCAGCAACUACGUCACCCAGGCCGUGCAGCGCAUCGCGGUCGAGUGCGGCGGCGCCCCCUCCGGCCAGGUCUACAUCGACAAGUGCUACAUUACCUACAGCUACUAACCCCACUAUUUCAUGAAUGGUUCAUUACAAUAGUUCUUUCUGCAGUAAUUUCAGUGUUUCAUAGAUUAAGAUUACAUAUGUAUGUUCAUGAAUGAUGAGUAGUUUCAGUCAUUUCCCAACUUGAAAGAAACUGGAAUAGGCAGUAGUAGGACAAUGAGUCAUCCUGCACUAGUACAAGUACAUGAACAAGUAGUAUUAUACGAGUCAGUGUUGAUUUUGAAAUUUGAUGCUCUCUAAUGAUUGCUCACGUGCCCUCAGGAAUC